AUGGCACUUGGCGGAAAUCAAAUAUAUGGAGGGAUACCUUCAACAUUAGGUAAUCUCAUUGGCAUAGAGACUUUGUAUCUUGAAAGGAAUCAACUCACAGGCACAAUCCCAAGUACAUUUGGUAAUCUUCAAAAGCUUCAGCAGCUGGCUCCUAUUUCCAACAAAUUGUCAGGAGAAAUUCCGGAGUCUUUAGGAAACCUCUCAUUGCUGAAUGAACUAUAUUUAGAUGAUAACAACUUGGAGGGAACCAUACCACCAGCUCUUGGAAAUUGCCAGCAGUUGUUACUCUUAGGACUUUCUCAAAACAACUUCAGUGGUUUGAUACCAAAAGAGAUUUUUGGGAUAUCUUCCCUGUCCAUUUCAUUAGAUCUUUCUCAGAAUCAUUUAUCUGGAACCAUACCAUCAGAGGUUGGCAACUUGAAAAAUUUAGCUGGAUUGGAUUUUUCAGAAAACCACCUGUCAGGUGAAAUUCCUGGGACCUUUGGUGGUUGUAGUAGCCUUGAAAUCCUUUCCCUUGCUGGUAACUCUUUCCAGGGAUCUUUUCCAGAAUUUAUCAGUUCUUUGAAAGGUAUUCAAAAUCUUAACCUUUCUAGUAACAAUUUUUCUGGACCAAUCCCCCAAUUUUUAGUAAGAAUGUCCAUAAAGUCCCUGAAUUUGUCCUUCAAUGAUUUUGUGGGCGAGUUCCCAACACAAGGCAUUUUUGGAAAUGCUAGUGCUAUAUCAGUUGUUGGGAACAAAAGACUCUGUGGAGGCAUUCCCCAACUACAGCUACCAAAGUGUCAGCCCCUAAGAGAGUCAAAGAAAAAUAAGAAGCUUCUCGGGGUCCUCAUACCAGUCGUAUCUACAACUACGAUUCUGUUCAUUGGAGUAAUCACAAUCUCAAUUUUCCUAAUACAGUUGCCAUCGAAGAAGAGAAUGAUAAAACCAAACUUAUCAGGAAGAUUAUUCCUGGAAGUCAACUACAGACAGCUUUUCCAUGCCACUAAUGGUUUCUCUGAAGAGAAUCUAAUUGGCGUUGGUAGCACUGGCUCUGUAUACAAAGGAACACUGACUGAAGCUGGAAACUUAGCAGUGGCAAUCAAAGUCUUUAACCUUUUCCACCAUGGAGCCUUGAAGAGUUUUAGUGCUGAGUGUGAAGCAAUGAGAAACAUCCAGCAUCGAAACCUUGUGAAGAUUGUAAGUUUUUCCACUAGUCUGGAUUUCCAAGGGAAUGAAUUUAGAGCUUUAAUCUAUGAGUUCAUGCCUAAUGGGAGUCUAGAAAAAUGGUUGCAUCCAACAGAAGAAGAUCAGCAGAAGAUGUUUCAUAGACUGAACCUUCUUCAAAGAAUUAAUGUUGUUAUUGAUGUGGCUUGUGCCCUCGAUUACCUACAUCAUCAUUGCCACAGGCAGAUUGCUUAUUGCGAUCUUAAACCAAGCAAUAUUCUUCUUGACAGUGAUCUCCUAGCCCAUGUUGGAGAUUUUGGGCUCGCAAAGUAUCUUCAUUCACCUCCCAGUUCAUUAGAAAGCAGCUCUGUUGGAAUCACAGGAACUAUAGGAUAUGUGGCUCCAGGAAACAAAGAACACAUAUAUUUGAUUCUUUAUUGUUUCUUCAACAUUAAUGCAGAGUACGGCUUAGAUGCCGAGGUAUCAAGUAGUGGAGAUGUCUACAGCUUUGGGAUCCUAAUGCUGGAGAUGAUGACAGGGAAGAAGCCCACGCAUCCUUUGUUCGCCGGAGGCCUUGAUCUUCAUAGAUACGUUGAAAUGGCAACUCCUGAGCAUGUGAUGGAUAUUGUAGAUCCAGUACUUCUUUGCGAAGACUACAAAAGGGCUACAGCAGCCAAUAGCAUAUGCAUUUCACUAGGAGAAACAAAAAGCAGUUUACCAGAGCAGUGUUUGAUUUCAUUGCUUAAAGUUGGCUUGGCUUGCUCCAUCCACUUGCCAGAAGAUAGAAUAAAUAUGACGCAAGUUGUUUGCAGAUUAAAAUCUAUCAAGGACACGUUUACCAUGGCAGAGCUUUAA